AUGCGACGACUGCGUGGACGUGAUCAGGCAGCCGACAACCCCUUAUUCCAGCCAUGGAGCGCACACGAUCACGAUGGAAUACAAGCUCUCUCACAGACCACCAUGAGAGAAUCCCCUGCAAAGCUAGGCUUGGUUACUGAAUUCGAAAACGACUCUCCUCCAGCAUUAGCUCGUCCAGCUCGCAUCAACGCACUUAGUCUCAUCUCUCCUACACGAAAAGCAAAAGGCUGCUCAGAAGUGCUGAGGAAAGGUCCAUUAGUUCCACUAUCGACAGAAGAACGAGAAAGGAAAAACUCAGGAUCGAGAUCUGCCGGGAUACGAGAGAAUCUUGAUAGUCCUAAUCAAACAAUGUCCUGGACUCUACUAUCAUCCUCGGACCAGGAGCUUUGUCAUCACGGGUCGCAUCAACAAAUAUCUGCGGAAAACUCAGCCCAUAGUUCCAGUAUCAACAGCACUUUGGCUGUUGGUGGAUCGAAUUUUUGCUGUGAUGAUGAUCCUAAGACGGGCAGUUUUUCAAGUCUCAACCCUGGAUCCGCGUCUGUAUCUUUCCCUCCCGGCAUUGGCAAAUUCACAUAUAAUUCUCUUGAUGAUGAACGCUCAUCUGUUUCAACAGACUAUAAUGAUACUAGGCAGACUGGAUCCGAAGGACCGCUUAAGCCAAUUAGAGAGAAUGUUCCGAGUCCAAACAGGGUAUCAUCGAUUAAACUCGACAAUGAAUCAGCCCUGCCAGGGAAGCUCUCGGCUAUUCGGUCGAUUACACCAUCUGAUCACGAGGACCUAUUGAGCUUGUUCGAACAAAUGCAAAUAGAUUCUCAUGAGCUGUCCACUGACGAUGGUUCCAAGCCCAUACAUAAUCUGCCCGUCUUUAUCACACCACCUAGCAGUCCUCCUGAAACUCUGAGCUCAUCUCACAAGCACCAGGCUAUUCCACGGAAGCCACGUGGAUCUACCCCAAAUGCGUCCUUGGCUGAGACGCUUGUUGACGACUGGAAUUGGGAGCCUACUCGUCAAAAAAAAAUCAAGCCGGAAUGCACCGUAAACCAGUCGAAAGGAGUCUUGAGAAAAGGAAAGAAGAUGGAAUUCGAGGCGACAAAACAAGCCAUAGCUGAAAAUUUUCUUCGGGAGCUGGAUCUCCAAAUUGCAAACAGUCAGAUUUCCAAACUAACCAACUCUACAAAUGGCGUGAAGAUUGUUUGGACCAAAAGUCUUCACACCACUGCCGGCCGGGCGAACUGGCGACGCGAGACCGUCCGAACUAAGCAAUCUGACGGGUCAAUUGUUGACACAAUGCAUAAACACCAUGCUUCAAUCGAACUUGCCGACAAGGUUAUCGAUGAUGAAAACAGGCUUCUCAAUGUGCUUGCACACGAAUUCUGUCAUUUGACUACCUUUAUGAUUAACGGUUUGACGACUAAUCCCCAUGGGAAAGAGUUCAAAUCCUGGGCAUCAAAAUGCUCUCGUAUCUUCGGUCACAGGGGCAUUCACGUAACCACCAAACAUGCUUACGAAAUUAAUUUCAAGUACAAAUGGGAGUGUACUAAUUGCGGACUGGGGUACAAGAGGCAUUCUAAAAGCAUUGAUACGCAGCGUCACCGAUGCGGGACCUGCAAAGGCGAGCUCAAGCAAGUCAAACCUGCCCCAAGAGCCAAAGUUGCAAAUAAUAGCGGCGCAUCAGGGCAAAGCGAAUACCAGCUGUUUGUGAAGGAUCAGAUGAAAUUGGUGAAGCGGGAGAAUCCUGACGUUCCGCAGCGAGAAAUUUUGAAGAUAAUCGCUGAAAAAUGGGCUAUUGAGAAGAAGAAGAAGCAGGAGAAUGCCAGUUCCCAUACAAAAGAGGACAUGGUAAUAAGGAAACGGCCAGACGAUACCCAAGCCCAUUUUACUACCAAAUUAAUGGUUGAUUUGACUCUUGGCGAUUGA